CCACCUCUAUUUAAAUAUUUAUUGAUCACCUCUUGUAUAUUUGCACUUUGCAGCAUCAUUCCUGCUCAUCUUCUUCAAGUGAGACCCAUUAAAAAUGGCUUCCACUGCUUAUCCAUUCAAGAUAAUUUUGGGGUCUAAAUCAAAAGCACGUAGGGAAAUAUUGGAGCAGAUGGGUUAUGAAUUUACAAUCAUGACUGCAGAUAUUGAUGAAAAGGCUAUACGCAAAGAAAAACCGGAAGAUUUGGUUAUGGCUCUUGCUGAGGCUAAGGCUGAUGCCAUCAUCUCAAAGCUUCAAAUUGCUGAUAUACAAGUGAAUGAUAGUGAGCCAACACUUCUCAUUUCAGCUGACACAGUAUGCAUUCCCUUCUUUAAACCUGCAGAAGCCACAUUACCAAAGCCUCCCAACGGUGAUCUCAGAACUGAUGCUGGACCCACUAUCUUAAUUACAGGCGACCAAGUGGUGGUUUAUGAAGGCAUGGUAAGGGAAAAGCCAUCUAGUAAAGAGGAAGCACGGCGGUAUAUGAAAGAUUAUUCUGGCAGCAAGGCUUCAACUGUCAGCUCUGUUCUGGUGACAAACCUUCAGACAGGAUUCAGAAAAGGGGAAUGGGACAAAGUGGAGAUUCUAUUCGAUGAGAUACCAGAUGAAACUAUUGACAAGCUUAUUGAAGAGGGUGCAGUGCUGGGCGUUGCUGGUGGUUUAAUAAUUGAACAUCCUCUCAUAUUACCCUUGGUUAAGGAAGUGGUUGGGACAACCGACAGUGUGAUGGGACUUCCAAAAGCAGUAGCUGAGAGACUAAUAUCAGAGUCACUGUAGGUCAGAUAUUAUAAUGAUAGUUGCCAUCGACAAUAUUGCCGUUUCUUGUUAGCUAGCAGCAGAAACAUCUGCGCAUUCUUUUGUCAUGAUCAGCUAGUUUCUUUGAUGAAGCAGAACAUAGAGCAGUUAGUGAUACAAUUGUAUCUUUUGUCUGUAUAUCAUCAUGCAUUUUUUAGACGAUUAUGUCAACCCAUUUUCUAUGCGAAGGCAGUAUAAAAUAUGCAGUCCGUACUUCUCA